AUGCUUCCCGCACCUCCGUUUUAUGUGGGCUACCGCUGCGCCCCGUACUACUCUCCCAUACCCAGCGGCAAGGUCGUAUCCGCUGGCACCAACGGGGAGGUCGUUCAGUGGCAGGCGUUCUUCUUCGACCCAACGGUCUGCUCUGAUCCAACGGUCCCCCAAUCCUCGACACGGCGGGCUUCAGCGACCGGCAAGCCCUCCGGCAGCGACAGCCACUCCGAAACCUCUGCCUCUCAGACAGCUACUCGCGGGAUAGCGCCGAACGCCUCUCUCGUCGGUCUGAUCAACGCCAGGCGAAACCAUCAGGAGGACAAGCUCCAGAAGAACCUUCGAAGUCGGGACCCUUCGGAGCCGACGCUCCGACGGAUAGGGCAUGAGGCCCCUAGGGGGGAUGGUCGGGUGGGUGGAGUGGAUGUGUUCGAGAUGGACUAUCAGACCACUCUGGGACGAGAAGACGAAGGGGAGAUCUCCCUGACAGUGGCUCAACCCUCCGGCGGAAGCGAUAGCGCCUUCCGGCCCUCCCGUGUCGACAUGUUCGGGUUUUGUGGCAACGUGGACGGGUUUGAGUUCUCCAGCACGAGGAGGGGCCUAGAGAAAUCUGCAAAUGGGGGCACGAGUUCGGCCCGCACGUCCCCUCCCCUUCCGAGAGCAAACCACUGCAAGAGUCUGGUCUGGUCAAAAGAUGGGACGCGGCUAUUGACCGGCCUCAACACCAACGUACUGUUGCUGCUCGAGUACCCUGCCGAUGACAGAGAAACUUCUUCGGACCGCCGGGUGGUAGCGGUUUCGCCAAGGGGAAGGAGCGGGCACCAAAACACCGGUCCCGCCUUCGACUCGGAUGGGUUCAAACUCUCGAAGAACCCCGUCGAUGGUGAUGGACGGUCGAAGAAACCUUCUGUAACGCGUCUGGUUCAAGGCCAUUCCGGGAGCGUAAUGGCGCUGGCCGUGUUCGAAGGUGUUCCUGAGUAUGUCACUGCGGGAUAUGACAGGUCGGUAGCGAUCUGGAACACCGCUUCAAAUCUCCCGAUGGCCUGGUGCCACAACCUCCCCAGCCCGAUAUCCUGCCUGGCGUGCAGCCCUGACCUGGAAGAAGUCGCGGUCGGGACCGUCACCACCAACGAGAUAUUCUUCUUGAAGGUGCACCGAGCACGACAAAGGCCCGACCCGACGCAAGAGGAGCGUGAGUGGAGUGAUGACUCCGGCAACAACGCGGCAACCGGGAUCGAGUUGCGGCACUCCAAACAGCUGCUGCCUGACUCGGCGUGGGCCAAGCGCAGGCCACCAGGCCCCAACGCUCGUUGGAACACUACGAAGCCUUCUUGGGACCGCUGUAAUCUCGUGACGCUGGACGGGAAGGACACGUCGCGUGCAGGGGGCAGCAGCGGCGGCGCACCUAGCAACGGGGGCACGAGCGGCGGCGGCGCGAGCCUUCCGCAUUUGCCGCACCCAACCCCAAGGGUAUCGCCAGCUCGCUCGAGGGUGAGACCAGAUGAUCAGACCAGAAGGGGCCGUCGAAGAUACUGCGACGACGGCGGGGAACCGCCACGGGGCAUGGGGGCGUCGUGCAUGCGCUAUUCGCCGUCGGGAUCUCACCUGGCGAUUGGCUGCAAGAACGGAAGUCUCGUGAUCAUGGCCGUUGAGCGCGACGACGGAAGGUACGACGACGCGGGGGAGCAACGAGGAAGGUCAAGAGGUAUUAGCCUAGGCCGGGGUGUUGAGCAGCCGCCAGGGGUGCCGGAGGGGAUGGGGAUGAGAGACCCCGCAUACGAAGAGUUUUCGGCCGACACCGGCAGCGAGUCGUCGCCUUCGUACCGACCAAAACGAGAGCGAAGAAAGGUCUACCGGCGAAUAGCCCACCUCAAGGGCCACAGCUCUAGAGUGCUCCACUUAGAUUGGACCGAGGAUGGGCGCUUCGUGCACACCUGCGGACAGGACUACCAUCUCUUGCACUGGGACAUUCUUCCCCCGUCCUCCCAUCGCCAAGGAGACGGUGCGGCUAGAGAUGGGGGGGAAGACCGGGACGCGAGCAACGGUGGAGGCGACGAAGAGGACGAUGAGGCAUUCGCGGGAGAGUCCCGUCCCCGAAUAUUCAAGCGGGCGUUCCUGGUGAGGAACGAACCGUGGGCGACUUGGUCCAGCACGAUCGGAUGGCCAGUGCAGGGAGUGUUCCCUGCAUACUCAGACAACACGGAGGUGAACGCCGUGGACCUGUGCAAAGACCGUGACCUCCUAGCCGCAGCCGACGACGCGAAGACUGUGAGAUUGCUGAGAUAUCCAGUGCUGAGGGGGGGCGCGCGGAAUCGUAGCUACACGGCGCACAGCUCGCACGUGAUGGGUGCGAGGUUCACCGUUGGGUUGGAGCCAACCAGGCUCAUCACGCUUGGCGGGUGA